AUGUCUUAUUCACCUGAAAGAAGGACGGAUGAUUGGACAGACGAUGCUAAGAAUGGCCCAGCGAAGGAUCAAGGUUACGAGGGUCCUCCCGGAAUGGAGCCUGGUGGAGCCCUCGACACUAACUGGGACGAAGUCGUGGAAAGCUUCGAUGACAUGAAUUUGAAAGAAGAAUUGCUGCGAGGAAUAUACGCGUAUGGUUUCGAGAAACCGUCUGCUAUUCAACAGCGUGCUAUCAUGCCCUGCAUCCAAGGCCGCGAUGUCAUAGCCCAAGCUCAGUCAGGAACGGGCAAAACUGCUACAUUCUCUAUCUCAAUUCUUCAACAAAUUGAUACUAGUAUUCGUGAAUGUCAAGCUCUUAUUUUGGCACCGACAAGAGAGCUUGCUCAACAAAUUCAAAAAGUGGUGAUAGCACUUGGUGAUCAUUUAAAUGCAAAAUGUCAUGCUUGCAUUGGUGGUACCAAUGUACGUGAAGAUAUGCGUCAGCUGGAGAGUGGUGUGCAUGUUGUUGUGGGAACACCUGGCCGUGUUUAUGAUAUGAUCACCCGCCGGGCUUUGCGAGCCAACACUAUCAAGCUCUUUGUACUUGAUGAAGCUGAUGAAAUGUUAUCAAGAGGAUUUAAAGAUCAGAUCCAUGAUGUAUUUAAGAUGCUCUCAGCUGAUGUUCAGGUUAUUCUGCUAUCAGCUACAAUGCCAGAUGAUGUAUUGGAAGUCUCUAGAUGUUUCAUGAGGGACCCAGUGCGCAUUCUUGUACAAAAAGAAGAGCUAACCCUGGAAGGUAUUAAACAAUUCUUUAUUUCAAUUGAUCAAGAGGAAUGGAAGUUAGAUACUCUCUGUGACUUAUACGAUACUCUCUCAAUUGCACAGGCUGUAAUUUUCUGUAACACUCGUCGCAAGGUCGAUUGGCUAACAGAAUCCAUGCACAAUCGUGAUUUUACUGUUUCUGCUAUGCACGGAGACAUGGAGCAAAGGGAACGUGAAGUGAUCAUGCGGCAGUUCCGUACUGGGUCUUCUCGUGUGCUGAUUACUACUGACCUGCUUGCCCGUGGUAUCGAUGUACAGCAAGUCUCAUGUGUCAUAAACUAUGACUUGCCCACUAACCGCGAAAAUUACAUUCAUAGAAUCGGAAGAGGAGGUCGAUUUGGUCGUAAAGGAAUCGCCAUCAACUUUGUGACUGAAGCGGACAGACGAGCCUUGAAGGACAUUGAGGAGUUUUACCAUACUACUAUUACUGAAAUGCCCAGUGAUGUGGCCAACCUUAUCUGA